AUGACCAACCUGGUGGCUUACUACUUGGUGGCCAUGCCGCUGGCCAUUCUCUUCGCCUUCAAGCUCAAGUUAUAUACCAAGGCCUGCUUGCUGCUAGCUGGUGAUCACCGUCCGCACCAAGUGGUCAAGGAUCGUGGAGUCCAUGCAGGAGGAGUAGGCCAACUACAUCGCUUAGUAUACGUGAAAAAAAAUGCUGCUGAGGCUCCAUUGUUGCUGGGCAACGACGCCAAUAGGACCAGCGGUGGCAGGGGAGCACGACCCAUUGUGACCGACCAGCUGUGCGCCAAGGGCGAGUUCCCACCACAAGCGCUCGCGCCCUUCCAGUGCUGCCCGCCGACGACGUCCGCGUCGGAUCCCAUCAACUUCACGUUCCCGGACCCGGCCGAGCCGCUCCGGACGCGCAGGGCGGUGCACGUGGUCGGCGCCGAGUACAUGGCCAAGUACGCGCGCGCCGUGGAGCUGAUGAAGGCGCUGCCUGAGUCGGACCCUCGCAGCUUCUACCAGCAGGCCAACGUGCACUGCGCCUACUGCACCGGCGCGCACCGACAGUUGGGGUACCCGGAGCUGGGCAUACAGAUCCACUUCUCGUGGCUCUUCUUCCCCUUCCACCGCGCCUACCUCUACUUCUUCGAGCGCAUCGCGGCCAAGCUGCUGGGGGCGUUGCCCUCCCUCUUCAUGGAGCAGCCCUACCGCGCCGGCGACCCAGCGAGGCCAGGUGCGGGCACGGUGGAGUUGGCCCCGCACAACACGAUGCACACCUGGGCCGGCGACAACUCGCGCCCUAACGUCGAGAACAUGGGCGUCUACUACUCCGCCGGCCGCGACCCGCUCUUCUACCCGCACCACGGCAACAUCGACCGGCUCUGGGAGUCCUGGCGCGGCAUCGCUACCGGCAACCGGACCAUGGAGAAUUUUUAUUUUUAA